GCAUCACAAAAAAAUAGCAUAUUUUCAGGCUACCAUAUUUCCCAAUUGUUAUAUAUAUAUAUAGGGUAUCAUGGUUAGCCUUUUAUUAACCAAAACUCAACUCUCUACACUCCUUGUUUAUCACCUCAAUUUUAUUUUUUUUUAAAUUUCCUUUGUAGAAAUGGCAACCAAAUCUACAUGGACUAGAGAGGAAAACAAAAUGUUUGAAAAUGCAUUGGCUAUUUUUGACAAGGAUACACAUGAUAGAUGGAGUAAUGUAGCUAAGGCCACAGGCAAAACUGAAGAAGAGGUAAAAUUACAUUACCAAAAACUUGUAGAAGAUAUCGAAAAUAUCGAGGCUGAUCUAGUUCCCUUGCCUAAAUAUAACGAGGUAAGUGUUGAUCAUGACAACAAAACAACGACGACAAACAAAGAGUGAAGUCUCUCAAGAUCAAUAAGAAGCAAUAAAUAGCAAUGAAGAUGGAGAAAAGGAAAUUGCUAAUUAAACUAGUGUCUUUCCUUUCUAUAUUAUUAUUUUCUUAUAAUUUUUCAAUGUGUUUUUUUUGUAAUAAGCAAAUUUAUGUACUAUGUUUUGAAAGGUGGCUCAAUUACAUCUUUCAUAUUCAAAUAAAUGAUAUCAUUAUGAAUUAUUGUACA